AUGGCGUCGAACGGGGAGACGGAGAAAUACUACCUUGAAAAGGAGAAAAUAGCGGUAGACUCUGAUGAGGAGUAUGCGUAUGAGGAAGUUCCAGUAGAUGAAGACUUCUUGGCAGCUGAUCUUAAUGAAGAUUUGAACCUAGCAGUGCAAACAAUCCAGGAUGUUGAAGAAGACAAGCAGGCUGGGAUCAAGAAGGAGCCUGUCCCUCGUGCCUCUGUUACCAAACGAGAAGAGGUCGUGGAUGACUAUGUACGAAACUUUUUGGUACGGAUGGGAAUGAACAGGACACUGGAUUGCUUUCAAACUGAAUGGUAUGAACUCCAGCAAAGAGGCAUACUGCACGAGGAGGAUGUAGGUGUAGUACCUGACAUUUAUCUCCGUAACCAGGACCUCGACAAUGAAGUCAAGUUCCUGAAACAGGAGGUCACCAAAUACAAAGAGGCAGCCAUGAAAGCCAAGGAAACAUAUGUGAAACUGAGAAAGGAAAGAGACUACCAUAGAAUGCACCACAAGCGGGUGGUUCAGGAGAAAAAUAAACUCAUCAGUGAUGUUAAAAGGCUGAAGCGUCACUACGCCCAGUACGAGCCUACUCUUCAACAACUGAAAAAGAAAUAUGAGGUGGCUAUGAAGGAGAAGAUGUUAUCUAAACUGGAGAAGGACCGAGCUGUUGGUCAGGUCACAGGAUUACAGAGCACACUUAAGUCCAUGGAGUCCUUCAAAGGUGGCUCAGCUAAGCAGAGCAAUGGUAAGAUGGGAUCAGGAGAACGACGUAACUGGCCCGUGGACAAUGAGGGGCGCGGUCCUACUCAGAAAGCCCUGGCCCAGGAGUACAGUCGUACCUCAUUACAAGAUGUACAGAAAAUUCCUGAGGACUACAAGCGCCAUCCAGAUGACUCGGUGUUCCCUGCUGACACAGGGGUUAACCCUCUCCUGGCACAGAUUAAGGCUCCAACUGGUCACCUGUCAAGGGCUGGAGGUUUCCGACUUUCCAACACAUUCCAGGCACAUUCCCAUCCCAUCAGCGAUGUUGCUCUACACCCACGGAAACAGAUCCUGGCUACCAGUAGUGAUGACCAUACAUGGAAGAUGUGGGCAGUACCAAGCGGUGACAUCAUCAUGACAGGAGAAGGCCACACAGACUGGGUGUCAGGUUGUGACUUCCAUCCCUCUGGAUCAAAAUUAGCAACAUCCAGCGGUGACUCUACAGUGAAAAUUUGGGACUUCUCCAAGGCAGAAUGUGUACAUACCUUCACUGAUCACACACAUGCAGUAUGGGGAUGUUCAUGGCACACCUGUGGUGACUUCUUGGCUUCCUGUUCUAUGGAUAACACAUCCAAGGUGUGGGAUCUUAAUAGCCUGCGCUGUCGCUACACCUUGAGAGGCCAUGCAGAUUCAGUAAAUAGUAUAGAAUUCCUCCCCUACUCCAACACUCUACUCACAUGUUCUGCUGAUAAAACUAUAUCUCUGUGGGAUGCCAGAACGGGUCUUUGUGCACAGACCUUUUAUGGACAUAUGCAUUCUGUUAAUUAUGCUUCAUUCAACCUCAGAGGAGAUACAGUAGGUUCCUGUGAUUCAUACGGAAUUGUUAAAUUAUGGGAUAUACGUGCUGUUGCUCCAAUGGUCAGUUUUGACACUGGACCACACCCAGCCAACAGAGUGUCGUUUGACCCUUCAGGUUCAGUAAUGGCAGUAGCCAGCAAUGACAGCACUGUCAAGAUGUAUGAAAUCUCCAAUGGCAGAGUGAGCCCCCUGAUUGGACAUGAGGAUGCCGUCCAGUGUCUCAUAUUUGACCGCAGUGGAGAGUAUAUGGUGUCCGGAGGUAGUGAUUGUACUGUCAGAAUCUGGUCCUAGGCUACAGGACAGUCUGUCCUUUGAACAUUGUGACUGUUGAUGAAGAGGUCAUCUACAUCACAACACACUGUUCUGUCCUUGUUUUAUUCUAUUUUGACUUCAUCCAUACUUGCUGCUGAUCACAUAGUUAACCAUAGCUACAAAGACAUUUUUGUGUUUUUGAUACUUUUACAUGUGAUACAAGCAUUGGUGUAAUCGAUCCGUAAGGAAGUAUAUAUCACAUGUUAAAAAAAAUCUGUAUCUUCUGUUUGUUUAAGAGAUGAGUAGUGAUUUGGUCAUGAUAAAUUAAUGACAAUAUUUUAGGUUAUAUAAGUAUAACUGUGGAAACAACUACACAAAUA